AUGUCGAGCGGGAGCAAUGUACCGGGGGCGGCGGCGGCCGAGGAUCCGCUGAAGUGGGGCGAGUCGCCGGAGCUGUACCUAUCGUACGGCAUGGUCUCGCUCGUUGGCCGGCGCCCGGAGCUGACCGACGCCGUGGACGCCGUGCAGUCGUUCACGGUGCUGUCGCCGCCCAUGGGCCUGGACUACUUCGCGGUGGUCGACGGCCGCCACCUCGGCGCGGCCGUCGCCGAGCGUCUGCCCUCGCGGCUGGGCAAAGCUAUCGCCGAGCAGGUCGAGGGCGAGCUGCUCAGUGAGAACCCGCGGUUCCUUGGGGCGUCGCACGACGGCGUGGUGGCGUGGUGGAGGACGGCCGUCGAGGAGGCGUUCCGGGCCGUCCGCGAGGAGCUGGCCAGCGGGGGCGCGCAGCCCGUCUGCGCGACGGCGCUCGUCGCACUGGUCAUGGAGAAGUACUUCGUCAUCGCGAGCUCCGACGGCGCCAAGGCCGUCCUAUGCCGCGGCGGCGAGCACAUCCAGCUCACUCCCGAUCCCAAGAGCAAGGCCACCAAGGAAGAAGAGAACAAGACCACAUCCAAGCUUGACAUUGUUCAGCUGACCACUCUCACUCUGGCACCAGCUGGGAGCUCGUCCGUGUCCAAGCCGCCGCUGCCGGAGCUGGACGUGGUGGCGGUGGAGCGGAAGGACCGGGACGAGUUCCUGAUCCUGGCCAGCGACGGGUUCUGGGGCGCCGUGUCGACCGAGUCGGCGUGCGCCUGGGUGCGGCGGAGGCUGGGGGAGAAGACCUCUCGGAUCACCGUGCCGUGGGAGGCGCCGCCGGUGGACGCCGGGGCCUCGCCGAUCGUGCUGGCCAGGGAGCUCGCCGAGAAGGCGGUGCACGCCGGCAGCCAGGACAACAUCAGCGUGGCCAUCGUCCUGUUCAACGACUUCUGGGCGCAGUUCGAGUGCGCCAGCAACGAGUGA